AUGGCUCACGAAGCAAGAUCAGGUAGUACUAAUACAAGUACAUUAUGUUAUGGAGCACCUGGUCAAGCAUGUACAACUCACAGACUAUCUUGUCCUAUUCCUCUAGUGAUACAGAUAAUAAAUACAUCAUAUGGAUAUAGAUCAGAAUGUAAAGAUAUUCAAGGUUUAUCUGCAUGUACUAAUACAACAUGUUGUAAUGAAGAACUGGGUGAUUGUUUUCAACCAUUUUCAUGUGAUAAUCUUCAACAAGUUACAGGAAAUUGCAGUGGAUUAAAUACUUGUACUAUAAAUGGAUUUCGUGAGGUUCAUGGUAAAGAAUGUGGUGGAUCUGUUAGUGCUUAUAGUAAAAUACAAUAUGAUUGUGUAACUAAAGAUUUUUAUACAACAGCUUCUAUGAUCGAUUCUUCUCUACUCGAUAAUUCUACAACAGAUUUUAUGAGAUAUUCUACAUCACACGAUUUUUCUACAACAGCUUCUAUGAUCGAUUCUUCUCUACUCGGUAAAUACAGUUUUGUGUUUAUACUGACGAUUUACAACCUACAACAUAAUGUUUUAAUGUAA